AAAAGUGGGAUCUGGAAAGAAAACCAACACCUUCAUCUCAGCUUUCUGUGACCUACAAACAAAGAGACAUCCUUCAACACUUGAACUGAGAAGUGUCUCUGUCCACUCCACCCUAUAUGCUUUAUUAAUGAUGUCAGAACAGACGCAAUGCAGUGAUGACCCACAUCGAUAGAAGGUCAAUCACUGGAAAGGGGAUGCAAAUCUCAGCACAAUUGGAGGAGUAUAGAACCUUCUAGAAACAGAACAGUGGUUCUCAACUAUUUUGAUUCAAAAGCUUCUCAUUGUCCAACACAGUUUUCAAUGCCUAAGAAAGAAUGCUUCUGAACAAAACUAAAUCAGCACUGACAUCAAAGGAUGGAUGGUUUGUGCUCAGUUGAGUGAUGCUUUCCAAAUAACUACACGUGAUUGGCCCCGUGGGCUGAACGCUUGUGAUUGACAGGUGAUCCAGCCACUGACGAGAUGCCAUCAAAGGUGUCAUGUCUGUAUUUGCUGACUGUGGUCCUCUGGGCAAGUGCACUGUGGUAUUUCAGUGGCUCUCAGCCCUCAACCACCAACGUGGGUCAGGUAGCCUUCAACACCCACAAACCGCUGCCGAGGCUCUUGAAGAACGACACGUUCAGUAAUAUCCGAACGCGUGCUCUGAACCCACACAAUUUCAAGUUCCUCAUCAACGAGCCCAACAAAUGUGAAAGCACAACGCCCUUUCUUGUUCUCCUCAUAAGCACCAACCACAAGGAGUUUGACGCCCGCCAGGCGAUCCGGGAGACGUGGGGAGAUGAAAACACAUUUGGCGACGUUUGCAUUUUGACGCUGUUCCUUCUUGGGUACAGCACUGAACCUGUCCUCAACCAGAUGGUGGAACAAGAGAGCCAGAUCUUCCAUGACAUCCUAGUCGAGGACUUUGUAGAUUCCUACCACAAUUUGACCCUGAAGACUCUCAUGGGCAUGAGAUGGGUGUCCUCAUUCUGCCCCAAUGCGCAGUACAUCAUGAAAACAGACAGUGAUAUAUUUGUCAACAUGGAAAAUUUAGUGUUUAACCUUUUGAGACCCAACACCAAACCAAGGCGACGCUUUUUCACAGGACAUGUGAUAAAUGGAGGACCCAUACGUGACGUCCACAGCAAGUGGUUCAUGCCCAGAGAGCUCUACCCUGAUAGUAGGUACCCACCCUUUUGCUCUGGCACUGGAUACGUCUUCUCCGGGGACAUUGCAGAGCUGGUUUAUAAGACCUCCCUCCAUACAAGACUCCUACAUCUGGAGGAUGUGUAUGUGGGACUGUGCCUGCGGAAACUAGGCAUUCAGCCUUUCCAGAACAGUGGAUUUAAUCACUGGAAAAUGACCUACAGUCUCUGCCACUACCGAAAAGUCUUGACUGUACAUCAGAUCUCACCAGAGGAGAUACUGAGAAUAUGGAACGAUAUGUCCAUGAAGAAACAUCUCAAAUGCUAGCGUUUUUGCUGAUAUGUGAUUUAAAAAAAAAAGGUUAUUUAUUGGUAUAACAAGACUGUUUGUGACCCUCCUGGUCUAAUACAGCAAUACAAUCUGUUACUUGCAACACAGACCGCACUCAUGAAACUGAUGGAACUGGAUUCACAAGGUAUUUGCAAUGGUUAUAAACUGAGUGUUUUUGGCCUUGCAUACAGUACAUACCAUUAUUCAUGUACCAGGCCGCUGUGAAUGUUUUAUAUAAAUAAUACCAACUUUCAAAUUAACAUAGUAUUGUGGGAAGUAGCAGUGCAGUAUUUACUAUCCCAAAUGGCUGCCAUGAAUGAAUGAAUGAAUGAUGCAUUUAUAUAGCGCUUUAUUGUGUAUUGCUGUACACUCAAAGCGAUUUACAAUCAUGUGGGGGGAUCUCUCCUCAACCACCACCAGUGUGCAGCACACACCUGGAUGAUGCGACGGCAGCCACAGUACAACGCCGCCAGUGCGCUCACCACACACCAGCUACUGGUGGAAGAGAGAGGCAAUCAAGUGGAUGGGGAUUAUUAGGAGGCCAUGAUUGACAAGGGCCAGUGGUGGCAGUUUGGCCAGGUCACCGAUGUUACACCACUACUCUUUACGAGAAGUGCCAGAGAUUCCAUCAUUUUACUGGGGCAUUAGGACCCACACAGACCACAGGGCAAGCACCCCCUGCUGGCCUCACUAACACCUCUUCCAACAGCAACCUAGUUUUCACAGGAGGUCUCCCAUCCAGGUACUGUACUAACCAGGCUCA